UGCCCUGGCUUCCCUUAAAAUAAGUUACAUGACGGUAAACAUACAUAGUACCGAACACACCACGCAGGCAGUAUUAAAAAUGGCGGAUAAGCCGCACGCGUAUUCAAUUUUUCGAGGGUUUUUGUUUGCAGUUGCUGUUGGAAUUUUAUCUUACUUGUACUUAAUUUAUCAUAAAACACCUCACGAUGAAGCGAAAAGGCUGGAAAAUGUUCUUUCAAGACUUCUUGCGGAGGAACAGGCUGCUAAUGUAUCAAAAGACCUUGUUAUAGCAGUUGGUUUUGGCUCGUGUCUUGAUCUUUUGGUAGAUGGAAUUCCGCUGAUGAAAGCCCUUAAUAUUGAACCUCCGUCAAAAGCAAGGUACCAUGAAGAUAUCUCAACCUUACAGGAACUUUCAGAAAUGUUUGCUUUUUUUCUGGAGCAAGGAGCAGCUGUAGAGAGAUUUAUAUCAUUAAAGUUGUUAAGAAGUAUGGUAAAAACUGCGGACAGUUUGAGUGGAUCUCGUUGGGCUGGUGGUGGAAAUGCACCAGUGAUGAGUAAUAGGUUUAUUAAAGAAGGCUUCAAAAAUGUCAUUGUUGGUGCACAAGCUUCAAGCAAAAUUAAAUCUUUUUAUUCAUCAAAUAUCCACUUUUCAGAGACCUCAAAUGGAGAAGAUGAUAUACACUUAAUUCUAGAAUAUGAAGCAGGUGAGACGUGGGGUAAAUUCACAGCAUCUCGUGCGAAUCGAUUCAUUGUCCAUAGCGAUCAAAACAAUCCUUACAUUGGAUCUCUUGAAAGUUUUCAAAAUGUCAUAAGAGAAACUCCUCCACGUUUAGUAAUUGUGAGCGCGCUUCAAAUGUUAGAUAACUUUCCGUUUGAGGCAGGUAUAAGAGAAACACGAAUGUCGGCACUAACAGACAUGUUAAAGGAAACGCCCAGGUCAACUCUUCUACAUUUCGAAAUGGCUUCGUUUAGUGAAGUGGCUAUGAUGGAAAGCAUUUUAAGUCAUGUUAUACCAUUUGUCGAUUCCCUUGGAAUGAACGAACAGGAACUACCAAACGUGGUUAGUAUGUUCCAACAUGGAGAAAUAACAACGCAUGCUGAUUCCAAUCCAAGGACAGCGACUGUUUUAGAUAACAUCAGAGAACUUUAUAGACACUUGCAAACCCGUAGUAAUCGGGGUUUGACUCGUAUUCAUGUUCAUACGUUAGCUUUUCAAGCAAUACUUCUAAAAACAGGAUCUCAAUGGAAGAACAAUAAAGCUGGAACUGCGAAAGCCUCGUUAACAGCAUAUCGACAUGUGUGUGGCCUUGAUACUGUUGAUGUAAAUAAAGCUCGCCUUAUCAUGGACGAGUCGUUCUCGUUGUCGGUAAAUAGCGAAAAACGAGUCUAUUUUAACGAAUCGUCGCCGAUAUCGUGUUGGGAUGAAGAAGACUACGAAAUUUGUGUAGCACCAGUUUUAGUUUGCACUGCAGUCAAACAAACUGUUGGCGGUGGUGAUAAUAUUACUCCUGCAGGUCUCGUACUACAAAUAUGAGUUUUAUAUAAACACGAAUUCAAUCCUCCUUACCUUGAAUUAUCUAAUGUCCGGAUAUAUUGCGAAUAGUAAAUUUUGCAAAAUGUCGGCAUUUUGUGAACCGCCAAAUCGUUUUUUAAGGAAAUCCACUUUCAUUUCUUUAAUAAGCUGUGUUUUUUUAUCUUUGUCAAAAUUUAUCACCGCGAAAUACGCUAAUAUCCGUCACCCGCAAAAAUUAACUCUGCGAAAGUGCGAAAAUUUUGCGUUGUUCUCAACUACAAAAAAUUUUUUUCCAUGAAGUUCAACUUUUCGGUCUUUUCACUACGAUUAAUGUCACACAUUUUCGCAAAUCACAUCGUUCCGAAAAUUUAGUAGAAUUGGUCUGAAAAUUGGUUUGAAAAGUCUUUUUUUUAUUUUUUGGAUUCUUUUUUUUUUUUUGCGAAUUGAACUAUAUAUUAGAUAUUUUGAGAAAAAGACUUUCAAAUACAAUGUUUUUUUGCAAGCAACAUCAACGCAAAACUUACGUCCUUAAAAAACGAAGCAACUAGUAAACAUGCCUGAACUUAGUGAAUCAAAAAAAUAUAUACAAAACACUUGAAGUUCAGUUAUGUUGUUGUUGGCGUAAUUAAUUUUACGAAUCCGCCAAAAUUAGAAUUUGCGAGCAGACCAAAUUUCUCUUUAAUAUGGGCAAUAAUCAGGUGUUUACUUCUAAACUAUGCACGAAUUUCUGACAUUAAAGCUCUUCUACUGUCGCCAUUUGUUUACCUCAAGGACUGUAAAAAUUCAGAGCUAACGAUAUACAACCACAUUGUUUAAAUUUUUAAUGUUUUUAGUCUUGAAGAAAAAACUUUUUAAGUUUUUUUAGUUUAACACAAAAUGUAUAUAGAUAUGAUGAAUUACUGUAGAAUAGCAACGUAUUGAAUUUACUAAAUUAUCACCGCA